AUAAAGGAAGGUUAAGGUUUAGAAACUCAGUAAUGUGUGACCUGUUGAACUGACAACAUGAUCAAGCUAAUCAUUUUAUUGGGCCUAGCCGCCAUGGCGCUGGCGACCACGGACAGUUAUGGAAAUCAUGGUAGAGUCAUAGCAAAUACCACCAUGCAGCUCCUUAGGGAAGCUUACAAUUUGGGAGAGGACAAGAACGUUGUCGCAUCACCCCUCAGUUUUAUGAUCUUGUUGGCUUUGUUCAAUUCUGGGGCACAUCAGAAUGAAAUUACUCGAUUCUUGGGUGGCCCCCACUUUGAGUCGCUUUACAAAAAUUUGAGCCUCACGUUGUCCAAACAAGACGCGGAGACUUUGACGGUUGCCAACAAGGUGUAUGUGGCUAGCAAGUACAACCUGAAAGAAUCCUUCACCUCAGCAGUUCAAUCAUUCAGCUGCAGUGAGGUCGACAAGCUUGAUUUCGGUAACGCUGAUGCCGCUGCUGCAACCAUCAACCAAUGGAUCAACGAGAAGACAAGAGGAUUAAUCAAGAAUUCCAUCAAGUCAGACACGCUUAGCGCUGAUAUAUUAACUGCUCUCUUCAACGUUAUUUAUGUCAAGGGGCAUUGGGAGAAACCCUUCCAUCCUGAGUUCACAAGAAACAAAGAUUUCCAUAUCAGCAAGGACCAAGUAGUUCAAAAGCCAACUAUGUACAAGCAAGAAUAUCUAAGUUACAGAGAGAGCCCUGAAUUAGGUGCCAGGUUACUGGGGCUGAGGUACAAAGAAACUUCUUUAGAAAUGGUCAUAGUGCUCCCGAAUGAGAUAGACGGUCUACCUUCAGUGCUUGAGAAAGCUGCAGAAAAGGGAAUCAUUGAUGGAGCCUUGGAAAAACUGAAUGAAUUUAAAUCCCAUGUUAUAGUAGAGUUGCCCAAGUUUGAAGUAAGGAGCAGUUUGGACUUAAACAAAAUCGCACCAAAGCUUGGAUUACCCAAUCUGUUUCGGGAACCUGCAUCAGGUCUUGUUGAAGGCGGAUCGGUGAUCUUAUCCAAGGUGUUCCAAGACGCUUUCAUCAAGGUUGACGAGAAAGGAACUACCGCUGCAGCGGCCACAGCCGGGCAGGCAGGUGGAAUAUCACUUCUUAUAGUUACAUAUCAAGAUUUCAAAGUGGACCAUCCAUUCCUGUAUAUUAUUAAGUUUGAAGACAAAAUUCUGUUUGCAGGCACAUACGUCCAUUAAAUUGAAUUAAUGUCAAUUGUUUUUUACAUAUUGUUAUUUCUGCCAUUAUAUUAUUCUUUUUCAUGGUAUGAGCCGGUAACCGAGCUGAAGGAUCACCUGGUGGUAAGCAAUCGCUUUCGCUCAUGGACAUCCGGGACACCAGAGGCGUUGCCAGUACGUUGCCGGCCUUUUGGGGGUUAGGAUUAAGGUUUUUUGGGGAAUCGACGAUUGGGAAGAGGGUUAAUUGGACCUCCGGUAACCACUCACACAACGAAACACCAUGCAAGGCCAUGGUAUCACUCCGGUCUAGUCGGCAUUUGUGCUAAAACAUGGCUCUCCCAUACUUAAAUUAUUUACCUAUUUAAACUUUUAUCAACGAAAUCAAAAUAAAUAAAUAUUUAUAA